AUGCUAUUCAAAACCGCCCUCCUAGCAAGCACCCUCGCCCUCCUCUCAAACGCUCAGUCCAGCGUAUCCAAUGACCCACCAACUCCAAGUGGGAGCGUAAAACAGCAUGUAAUCCAAGUCGGAGAUGUAUCCGGCGCGCUAAAGUUCUACCCAGAGACCGUGAGAGCCAGUGUCGGUGACAUGGUGCAAUUCCAAUUCUACCCCCAAAACCAUUCGUUAGCCCAAUCCUCCUUCGAUAAGCCCUGCGAACCCCUCGCGCAGGCCAAUGGCUCCACGCCCUUCUGGUCCGGCUUCAUGCCAGUGUCCGCGUCUAGCACCAGAAUGCCCGUCUUCUCCAUCGUCGUCAGGGAUGACAGGCCGAUGUGGUUCUAUUGCGCUACCGGCAAGCAUUGUCAGGGUGGGAUGGCGGGCGUCAUUAACCCGCCCGCGUCGGGGGAUCGUACCAUCGCCGCGUAUAAAUCUGCUGCCUCAUCGGUCGCGUUGACCGGUGUGCCGACCGGCGCUGCGGGUUCUGGGGGGUCGAAUUCGUCCACCGGGACUGGAACCGGGAGCGGGAGUGGAAGUGGUUCAGUACCGACUACUACGCCUGCUCCCGGUGCCGCGAGUGAGCUCCGUGUCUGGAAGGGGUGGGCUGUUGCGGUUUGUGGGAUUGUGGGGUUAUUGGUGGUAUGA